AUGGCUUCCAGGGGUGGUGGAUCCAUAGGCCGAGGUGCAGGCAGGGCUCAGGGCAGCGCACCGGGAUCUCCACCACGACCUAUGCAGGGGCGAGUAGGGGAUGGACCGGGAGGAGCCGGCGCGAUCUUCGUUGGGGGGUUGCUUACCGUACCAGCGCCGAGCUCUUGUCGCUCUUUCUGUUAUGACGGCCCUCGGCCCCCUCCUUCGGGGCAGACGCCGACGCAGCCGGAGAGCGGCAGUGAGGAGGAGGAUGAGGAGGAGGAUGGUGAGGGCGAGAAGGAGGAGGACACUGAGGGGAGCGAGGAUGACAGCGAGGCGGCGUGGGACCCAGAGACGCAUGGCGGUGGGGAGGGGGGAGAUGAUGAUGAUGAAGACCACGAGAUGGAUGGGUUGGAGCCAGAGGGGCCAGAGGAGGAGGUGGGAGAGGGUGGUGGAAGGGCGGCGACAGAGGCGGGAUCACAGCAUGUGCGUGAAGGGGGAGGGAGCGUGGGGGUUAAGCUCGCCAAGGGGAAAGCGAUGGCGACUGGUGGAGGUGAUGGGUCAGGAGGGAUCGAGCGGUGGAUGACAACCAAGCUGACCUCGGUGCAGCUACGGCAGGCGAUCACGAAGCUGGUGGUCACCUGCGACCUCCCCUUCCGCAUCGUCGAGGCCGAGGCUUUUCGUGAGCUACUCAUCCUGUUAAACCGCAACUGCGCGCAGAAAAACUUCAUCCCCACGCGCUGGACGGUUUCCCGCGACACAGUGGUCUAUGCGGCUGCCGCUCUUCAGUCAGCCAUCGCGGAGAUGCUGGCGAAGGAGGGGGAGCUGGGGUGCAGGGUGUCGUUCACCAUCGACAUGUGGACGUCGCCCAACAACAGGGCGUGGCUAGUGGUAACGGGUCACUGGAUCGACGAGAAUUACCAGCUGCGCACAAUGGUGUUUGAAUUCCGCGAGAUUCACGGGCGUCACACGGGCAAGCAGAUGGCGAGGGUGGUUGAGGAGACGGUGGUGCAGUGGGAGUUGGAGAUACGUUGUCUUGGGUUCACCUCAGACAACGCCUCCAGCAACACUGCCGCUUUCAGGUGUUGUGCACCACCAGAGUUCGCCAUUGAAGGCGAGAGGGAGGAGGAGGACGACGAGUGGGAGGAGGAGGAGGGGGAGGAGGAGCAGGUGGGGGUGGGUGCUGGCGACACCUCUGACGCGGAGCAUGCUGUUGUUGGUAGUAGAAGUGGUGUGCAGGCGCACAAGGGCGGCAAGGGCAAGGGGGGCAGGGGGGGCGGAGGUGGCGGAGGGGGCGGCAGUGGUGGAGGGGGUGGAGGGGGCGGGGGUGGUGGCGGUGGUGGGAGUGGUGCUGGUGGUGGGGGGGUCAGUGGCGGAGCAGGGGGUGGUGGCGGCGGCGGUGGUGGGGGUGGUGGGGGUGGUGGUGGCAGUGGUGGCGGCAGUGGAGCUGGUGGCGGGCGCGGUGGAGCGGUGCAGCUCAUCAUGAGCAUGAAUGCAGUCAUCAUGAGCAUGUAUGCAGUCAUCAUGAGCAUGUAUGCGGUCAUCAUGAGCAUGUAUGCAGUCAUCAUGAGCAUGUAUGCAGUCACCAUGAGUACGCCAACCAGUGACAGGGUGACUGCCAUUGCCCCUGUCGCCCUACCUGCAGCCAACCAGUUCCCGCCCUACCUACCCUACACCCACCGCAACUUCUUCUUCCACGGGACCAUCAUCCCGCCCGAGGCCAACCACACCUACUUUGGCAACGCCUUUGAGCAUUGUCUGCUCAACGCAUCCCGGGCGCCUGGAGACUACUUGGAGCAGAGGAGUGCAGAGGAGUGUGGUGCGUUCUGUGGGGUUUCUGCUGGGGAUUGCCAACCCCUGUGCAGCGGGCAUGGCAUGUGCUCCUUCAGUGAGUCUGUGCAGGAAUCAGUAUACACCUACGAUAGCAACUUCGACAACCAGGCCGGACUGCCCUCGUGCUCUUACAGUGGUGUGUAUACACAAACAACAGCAGUCUCCCUGGCAGGUGCAGCAGCGCAACCAUUCAAUGGCACCAUCAUCCUCACGCCCCCCACCAGCAACACGUCAGGAGCAGCACAGUGCAGCGCCCAUCUGCCUCUUCCUUUUCAUCGACAACCCUGGCCCGUGUAG